AUGGCCUUUUGUCCUCAACCGUCACCCCCUCCUCCGCCUGUCGUUCUGUUGCUCGCUCAUACCGACAUCAACCCGCCGACCAUCUCUGCGCCCCUCCUUCACAGUGACUUGAACAGCGGGCCUCCACUUGCGUUCAGUGAAAAGAAUAUCAGAAAACGGCUGCUGAAGUCCCAUCCAAAGAAGGCAGUCACCUUCGUCAGCUCAUCCAGCAUCGAUUCUAGCACAGAAGCGAUACACCCUCCGUUGUCUCAAUCGCCAUCCUGCCAGUCGUCGCUGAAGCAGGUGUUGAUGCCCGUGGUAACGCAGUUCUCAAAACCGAGUGGACUUGGUAUCACUGUCAUGAGCAAACCGGAGCCGGAUGGGAUGGACGAUUUUGAUGAGAAUAUGACGAUCUCGCUCAUGAUCCCUUCUGGUGGUCCGUCUCAUGUCACAGACGCUGAUUUCCCACUUAUGACUGGCUGGAGCAAUGAGUAUAUCACCGCAUUCCAGACUGCUGUCGAGACUCUCUGCAGUCACAAGUUCAAUCCCUCCUUGUCUUUGAAGGAACAGGAUCCAGGUAUCAAGGCCCAAAUCGUUUCUGAGCGCAUUCGCAUCUACUUGAAUCAGGAUGAACAGGGAUCCAACAAACACAAGCGGGCAGCUGCACCUGGCCCAGACCAAGAGAGAUUGGACAAGGCCCGCCAAAACGAAGAAUUUCACAAGCAAGUGGCUUCGGACACAAGACAACAGCGCCGCGCCAUUCUUGCUGAGAACACGGACCUUCGCAAUCAGCUCGACAAUGCUCUCAACGUGAUGCGCGAUCGUCAAGAGGAAGUGGCCCGAUUGCACAGGCUGAUUGAGCAGGGACGGACAUUGAUUUUGCAGAUGGCGCACGAUGGUGGAAACUUCCAAUCUCAAUUGGCACGUGGCCAAGAGCAAGUCGAUUCCUUGGUGAACCGUGUUGCUACUGCACAGAACCAGGUGGCGGAGGCAUCAGCCGAAGCACUUCGGUUGCAAGAGACUCUGCGCGCGCGAGACCACCAAGUUAACCAGCUUAUUGCUGAGGUUCAGGAGCGAGAAGACGAGGUGGAGAGUCUGCGCCUGCAGAUCAAGCAGAACGGGCGUGCCAAGACCCAAGUCAGGCAAGCAAAAUGA